CGUUUGUGCCAAUAUAAUUGCUUGGCAGACAUUAUUGCCAACGUACGAUGUGAUGAAUUAGCUGAAAAUCGAGUGGGGCUGUCGUACAGUAUGGAGAAGAUGGUCGAAGACAGUGAUGGCUUGGAACGAAAAAAGUCGUUAGAAAGGACAAGCGUUGUACCUGAGGAGAUACGCGCUACCUUCGCGAUGUUUGACCGCAAUGGCGAUGGUCUGCCUGCGAAGGAACUUAAGUUUGCCAUGCGAGCCCUCGGUUUAGAGCCACGCAAAGAAGAGGUAAAAAAGCUGCUGACGGAACUUGGAAAACAAGACUCACCGCAAGCAAGGUUAACAUUGACCGAAUUUGAGGAGGUGAUACGGACUCGUUUACGCGAGGAUCCCAACGAUGAGACGUUAAAGGCUUUCAAACUGUUCGACGAACGCAAUACAGGAAUGAUCUCGUUGGAAGACCUUCAACGAGUUGCUAAUGAACUGGGCGCUGAGAUAUCGGAGGAAGAACUUCGGCAGAUGAUCGAAGAAGCCGACAACGAUGGCGAUGGAUUGGUCAGCGAGAUGGAGUUCCUACGUAUCAUGAAACGGACCUGCCUCUACUGAUACAAUACGAACGCGAUCAUCAUCAUCGACAACAACGACGCUGUCACUGUUUGACUUCAGCCAACUGGAAGCCUGACAUAAUUAUUGUGGUAAGGUACAACAAAAUCAAGAGUUUAUAGUUGUUGGAUGUUCAGGGCUGUCUUGCGACAACAUUCGAAUCGAAACUAAUAAGACAAAGUAAAGCUGCUGAUGUUAGGGAUGUGCAUUCAGUAUUUAACCUGACUUUAUUGCUAAUACUUUGUUGACACCUUGUUGCUCACAGGAUUUUGAAAUACAUCUCUGUAAGUUUUAGUGUAACUUACUUUCUACUUUGUACCAAGCCAUCCUAAAUAAAAUAGUAUCACAGCUGUAUUUGCUGGCUCCUUGUGUGUAACCUGCCGAAUUGGAACUGAUCUCGUUUAAAGGUCACUAUUAUCAUUGUCUCUAUAGUAUCCAUGACCUACAACCUGAAGUAGCGUCUGAUGCUCCAGCAGUCAAUAUAGGUAGUACGGACGUUUUGCUUAAGAGAUACUGCUCACCUCAGGAUAUAUUUAUGAUAGCGCAACGAGUAACUCAAAUUUUAGCUUCUCCGAUCGUUCUCUGACUAUCUGGUAAAGGAUCACUACGUUAUUUUAAAUGUUCGAUGUUGUCUGAUAUUUUAUCCAGCCGUCGGACUGAAUCGGAAGAUCAAACUUCCACAAGGUUCCUAGUACGAUCGGAAUCACUAGUGUCCAGUACCUUGUCUUGUUUACGUGCAUAAAUCGUGCAAGCAAAACACGCACAUCAGAGUCUGUUAAAUGUAUCUACUCGAAUUUUAUCGAAGGCGGAAAACUUCUCGGAGUGACUUAAGUCAAAUUGUUCUAUUACUUUUGAUUACUUAACAGAAGUUGCUGACGUUUGGCUCUACCCAGUUUUAGUCACCUUAUUCUUACUGACAUUGGUGCCGAUCCGACAUCCGACAAUUGUCGUAAUUGACUUGUUAGUUAAAAUGUUCACUCUAACUAUUAAGUGAAAAAAGAUCUAUGUGUUUAUUAAAUUGUUCUG